CAUAAUGCAUGUAUGACUAUCGUUUGCAACUUCAUUUGGUUUUCAGUAUGAUUUCAGAAGUGUAAGUUACAAAUCGUGAUUUUACGGUCGUAUUAAUUAUGGAAAAACUUAAGAUCGUGCUCAUAUCUGUGAUAAUUGCUGUCAUUCUCUGCCAAGAAGUAUUGACAGGAGGUAUACCGGAUAUUGGUUAUGGGCGGAAUAGCGGAGCAGGCCAGAAUAUCAGUCCACGAAAACGAAGCGAACAACAUGAGACAUAUGUAACGAAGCGAAAACGAGAAGCCAACAUCGGCAUGACGGUGAACGGUGAAAAUGAACAGCCUGCUUCUGAAGAUGCUACAAGAAUCAUCGAAAUGAUCAGUACAUUCAUAUAUUCACUACCAAAUGUGAUUGAAGCAGUAAUAUCUCAUAAGAACCGUCAUGAAAGGAGUGAAGCGACAGAUCUAGCCAAAAAUGACGAUUUACUUCGACGCAACACAAGUUUUCAACUACUAUUUACGGCAUUCGACGUGAUAGAGUUUAUACAAAGCAGUGUAAAGAAUCUUGAACAGGCAGGGAUCAUAGAAACGCCGGUCAUAGAUGCUGCAGUUAACGUCAUAAGUGACAUAUUAAAUUUUGGUAGUAACGAUGAAUUUUGUGACGUAGUCUGCAAUAUAACAGACGUAUUUGAAAGCGUAUUUCAUGUUAUAGUAGAAAAACUUCAGGAUCUUGAACAGGCAGAAAUUACAGGCUUCACCGUAAUUAUAAACUCUCUACAAGACGGAGUUGAUAUCGUGAUUAAGAUAUUAAAUUCUAUCAAAGACAACAUUUUUCAAAAUCUCAUCAGUGAUGUAAUAAAUCUUAUGGUAGCCGGAUACAAGAAUCUUGAACGUACAGCAGUUACAGACAUAACCAAAAUAAUAUCUAUUCUACAGGACGCACGUAAUAUCAUAAAUAAGAAAAUAAAUUCCAGCAAUAUCGGAGAUAUUUAUAAAUUUUCCACCGAUAUAAUUAACGUUAUACGAGGUGAUUUUAAGAAUUCUGAACAGGGAGGAAUUAUAGAUCAAACAAAUCUCAAAAUGUUUCUACAAGAUGCGGCUAAUGUUGGGAGUAAGACAAACUGUGCCAUUAGCAGUUACGUCGACAAUCUCGCCAGAAUUAUAACAAACAAUUUCAAACGCGCGUAUAUUGCUGUACCAAACGAACUAACGGAUCUUAUAGCAGGAUGAAAUCAAACCGAAAUAAAGGCGACUCUACACGGCAUAGUCAGUAAUACAAUUCUUUUUUAAUUAUAAAAAAAUAAUAUAGAGACAAUGGAUCUCUUUAAUUAAAAUUCAGGAUAUCAUCUUACUUUAUAGUAGUAGAAACGCUCUGAUUCGAACCAACAGGAUUUGACACAAACCCGAAAAAUGUCCCAUCCACCGCCAAAUCAUCACAAUUUAUUUCCCCAAGUUCCAAAGAAAUGUCACCACCAUCUGCUUCUAGAUCGUCAAAAUGAACGCAGAUUAGGCCUAUAUCAAGAGAUACGCCCACAAAAGAGCUGAAUUCAAUCAUGUAUAUAUGACGAUGUCCCUUUCUAUAAACUUCAUUUCUCACUUAUACGUAUCAAAUAAAACGAAAAAGAUAUUUUCAGUUGCAUCGUAUAAUUGUGUGCAACUUUUAACUCGUACACAAAUGCCGAAAACAGAAUAAGUCUGAGAAUAAGAACAAUAUCUGAGGUAACUACAAUUAUAUAAGUUGGAAUGGGUAAAAUUACAAUGCGAGGAACUUUGUUUGAUUUUGUUAUAGAGUUCUUCAUAUACUUUAAACUCAGGAUGUUAUGAUGAUGCAGACACGUGUGAUGCUCAAGAAAACGAAAAAGUCUGUAAAUAAGCCGUUACUAAGGUAGCAAUAAACUAAAUCAGUAUGGAGGUUAAAAGACAGACUUCAAGAAAGCGUAUGAGUAAAGAGAGAAGUUCUUUCCAACAUUUUGCUUAUGUACCUUUUGACAAGACACUAAAAUGUAUUGGUAGUUUUAAGUCAUGUAAAGAUGCCUAUAACUACAGUAAAAUAUAACGCUUCUGAAUCUCAUACGAGGAUAUUUCGCUAUCAAAUUGUGGUAACCUAAGCCCUGCGAUGCAAACGAUAAGACGUUAAGUUUUAGAUACAAUCACAAGCCCCUAAAUCUGUACAAUUUAAAAAUAUUUUUCAGAACUAAAUUUGGAAACGAAAACAUACCGAAACAAUUAAAAAUUUUCACACAUAUUAAAAGCGUUUAACAGUUGGCAAGUCCGAUUUACUUGUACGUGCUCAGAAUAAAUAAAUAUUACCAUACAAGUAGACCUAUCUAAGCCGGAAACAUUUUAUCGUAAAUACGUCAAAACAUUACUGGGCCCACACAUUUCUCAUGCAGACAUAUGUUCGUUGUUAUUCCACAUUCUGAAGCUAUACGUCCACGUUUACUGACUUCCUCAACAGUCCCAAAAUGGACACAAUCAAGAUUGGGAUAAUAAUGGUGAUAAUAUUAUUGAGUUUGCAAUUGCAAAUGGUGGCAAACCUUCCAACAUAUCUUCCCGAAGUCAAACAUGAAGAAUUCUCCGCCACGGAAAAACAAAAUUCUACUACUUCACUACAGAUUACCGGAAGUUUUCAUUCCGAAAGUAAACUAUAUACGGUAGACAAGGUACAUAAUGUAACCGAGAAAAAUCAGAUUGUGGCCAGUGAUAAGAGUGAGACAACGCCGAACUCGGACGACAGACAAUGGCGUUCAAUUGGCAGCCAGCGCGAAAAUGUUGAACACAAUCGAAAUAAAGCAACCGGAAGAAGAUUCUGUUUUACUGAUCAGAUCACAUUUAACUGUACCAAUUUGGAUCCAAACUGCGGUUACAUAACAAGUGAUCACAUAGCAACUCACUGCUGUGAACCGUUAGUCCUCAUAGUCGUCGCAAAGACUCCCAGAAAUCCUGACGUACGCACGGCAGAUACUAAUAAUUUACAACCAGGUGGAGGCAACAGCUCCAAAAAAACAGUAAAUUAUGGACAAGGCUGGAAAAAUUCUGUCCACUUUCAUAUUUCUUUCGGUCCUAUACGCAGCGUACAGUGAUUACUUGACAACGGAGCAAAUAGGUACGUUGUUAUGCGUGGAUGAAAUCGCAAGCCACCACUUCACACAAGGGCAGCCUCUAGUGAUCUCGAUGCCAAGCGUUUCACCAGAAUUUUCAUAUCGCACCUUGAAUCACAGAUAUUCUGCAGGUAUCGAAUUUAAAUUAGUUGAUCAACUGUUGAAGAACACACACUCAAGAACCAGGUGGCCUUUGCUGACCUCUCAGCCAAACAUCGAAAUUCUAGACACCAAGAUGACAUAUAAACAUGAAAGCUACAUUAUAUUACUGUGGGCGGAUGAUAAAGAGGAAAACAUUCUAAGAACCUUACAAGAUCAGUUGGACCACAUGUCGGGAUAUGCAGAUUCUUGGAAUCUCCGCGGAAGGUUCCUUGUCGUGGUGACACAAUUCGGAACACAAUCCCCGAAGACUAUUGCGAUGAACAUCACAGAAAUAUUGUGGCAGUACAAGAUCUCCAAUAGCCUGAUAAUGACACCGAGUGAAUUACAGUUUAACCCUGCCACGAAUAAAUCUGAAUAUAUUUUCGAUUUGUACACUUGGUUCCCGUAUGAGUCAGGACAAUGCGGAACAUUAAACGAUAUCGUUCUUUUAGAACGAUGCGCUUUGGGGAAGGACAGAAACACUUCGCUAUACCCUUCUAAAAUCCCAGAAAAUAUGCACGGGUGUCCUAUCAGGGUUUUCACUUUCGCAAGCAAACCAAACGUAAUAUUAACAGUUAAACACGAUAAGGAAGAUAACAGUAGCAUAUACGAAUACUCAGGUGUUGAAAUUGAAUAUCUCAAACUUUUGGCUGAGGCGAUUA